CAAAAGAGGCGAAGUAUUUGACGCAUUUCUUGUUCGUUCUCUGCCCGACGUCCUUGGGCAUCUCCCGCGCACGUCCAGAGUCCACACCUUCGUUGAGGCAAGAUCAUGCAGCGCAAUUCAGAGGCAGGAGACAGACGGUAUGGAGGGGCGGCGACGAAGAGUCAGUCUUGGAAAAGUCGAAGCAGCAGCCACGACCUAACGACUCAGUCGGCGAGCAACAGCAGCGGCAUUGGUGCGCCGGGUCAGCCCAUCUCAUCCACAGACUUUAUUUCGUCCAAGACAGGGUACUUGACCAAGCGAUCGAUCGGCGCCAUCGACGCGCUUGCAAACUGGCGCGAGCGGUUCUUCGUCCUCGCGGAGAGCAAGUUGUGCUAUUACAAGGUGGGCGGCGGCAUCUUUUCGAAAAAGAAGGAGGAGGAGCAGGACUUGGCGCACUUCAAGGGCCAGUUGGAGCUCACGUCCGAGACGGUCGUGAAGAAGACGAAUAUCGACAACAAAGCCAACUGUUUUGAAAUCAACACAGGCGACAAGCGCAUGUUUGCACACGCCAACACGAUCAAGGAAUGCGAGGACUGGAUCAAGUCGAUCAAGGCCCAUGUGAUCGCGCUGGGGGCUGCCGGCGUGCGCGGCAGUGGCGGCGACAGCAGCUCCUCCCCAGAACUCAAGCCCACCGCGGCCCAGGUAGAAGCGUCGGCGUUUGCAUCCAACGUGACGGGGCAGCAGCGCAGUGAAGACUACUCACGACCGAGUCUGUGGGACAGCCACGACAUUGUCCGAGGCGCAGAGCAGUCAUCCGACCCCAAGGACGUAGUGAUCAAGCAGCUGCUUGAAGAAAACCGUCAGCUUCGCGAGCAGCUCACGCAAAAGGACCAGAUUAUCCACCAACUGGAGACGAGCGGCGUGCCUUUGGACACGACCGCGUCCUCGUCCACGGCACUCACGUCGUCGUCGCGCGACACCAUGUCCAUACCCCGCAACUCGUCGCUGGCCCGCGUGGCGUCGGCGGCGUUUGGUGCCGCGGCCGUGCCCAAGCAGAUGCUCGACCUCCGCGACCUUCGCAAGAAGCAGAUCCAGCUGUUUGACGCUGCCGAGGUGGGCAACUCGCACCUCAUCGCGACCCUCCUCCAGAACAACGUGAUCGACGUCAACGGCGCCGGCAUCAACCAGUACACGGCGCUGCAUCUAGCGGCGCGCAACAACUUCCCCAAAGCGGUCGCAGAGUUGUGCGGACGCGGUGCGGACGUUAGUGCGCGCACGGCGGACCGCUUGACGCCGCUGCAUUUGGCCUCCAUGGAAGGCCACGCCGGCUGCGUCGAAGAACUACUCAAAGCCGGGGCUGACCCCAACACGACCGACCAAAACGGCAACGGCGCCGUGCACUUGGCGGCGGAAGGCGGCAACAUCGCAUGCGCCAAGCUGCUGAUCGCGUACGGCGCGCGGGUGGACGUGCCGAAUGCGUCAGGGUCGCUUCCGCUGCACAUUUCUCCGAUCGGGCACCCCAUCCGCGUAUUGCUGGGCAGCACCGACAAGGCGUCGGCGUCAUCCGUGGUUCCAGUGAUCGACCCCACGGACGACACCAAGAAGACCGAGAUGCAUGUGACGUUCAAGAACAAAUACCACGAGAGUCUGGCGCUGGGGCCGCGGGACUUCGAGUUCAUCAAAGUGCUCGGGCGCGGCGCGUUCGCCAAGGUGUACCUCGUGCGCGGGAAGGGCGCGAACCGGGACAAGUACUUUGCACUCAAAGCGUACAACAAGCAAGCGAUCGUGCAAAAGAACCAGGCGCAGUACAUCCACACAGAGAAGGCGGCGCUCCAGGCGUGCUCGGACCAUCCGUACAUCGUCAGUCUGUACUAUGCGUUUCAGUCCCAAGACCGCCUAUUUCUUGUGAUGGAGUACUGCGGCGGCGGCGACUUGCUCUCGACACUCACCCGUCGCAAAGCGUUCUCCGAGCCCGAAGCCGCGUUUUACAUUGGCCAGAUUGUGCUCGCGCUGUCGCAUUUGCACUCCAAGGGUAUUGUGUUUCGAGACUUGAAGCCUGAGAACGUCGUGAUGGACUUGGACGGGAAUGCGCUGCUGACGGACUUUGGCAUUUCCAAAGAAGGCGUGGCCGAUCACUCGUCCGCCAACACGUUCUGCGGGUCGCCCAUGUACUUGGCGCCGGAAAUGCUAUCUCGUUCAGGCCACGGGUUCCCGUUGGACUGGUACUCGGUCGGCGCGCUGCUGUUUGAGCUGCUUACGGGGUUGCCGCCGUACUACACGAACGACAAGAAGCAGCUGUUCCACAACAUCCUGCGCGGCAACCUGAUCAUCCCAGAGUACAUUUCCCCGCAGGCUCGGGACUUGAUCCAGCGGCUGUUGUGCAAAGACCCGAACCAGCGCCUCGGCAGCGGCGUCCGGGGCGACAAGGAGAUCAUGGAGCACCCGUUCUUUGCCUCGAUCGACUGGGGCAAACUGUACCGCAAGGAGAUUCCGGCACCGUUCAAGCCUAAAAUCGACCUGCAGACGGGCAACGCGCCCCCAGACACGUCCAACUUUCCAAACACGUUCACAGAGCAAGAGAUCACGGAGAUCGAAAAGGGCAUGGCGCCGCCGCCGCAGCCCGCGGGCAACAACAGCAGCCGCGUCAAGGACGAGAAGCGCCUCUUCAAGGACUUCGACUUCACGCCAGAGGUCAAGCUGGACAAGGAGGCCGCGUUGUACGAGGCGCAGCUGCUGUUGCACCAGAAUAGCGCCAAGCACCUCAAGGCCCCGCCGCUCGUUGAGAGCGACGAGUACAGCAUCUAGGGACGGACCGAGUCCUUGUAUUACUCUCGUCGUUAACCACUGUGAAAAAGAAGAAUUCCUACUAGUUCUGGUGCAUUUCAUCUUAAGAGUAUAAAACAAUGCCAUGUCUUAUUCCAA